GAGCUGGGGCCGCUUCCGUGUUUGUGUGAUUAGGCAGGGCAGUGUGCACAUAGCCGGAGGAGCGUCUCUGUCUACACACAUUCAUUCAUUGGAAAGACUAACGAUAAGCUUAAGGCCAGCAGGAAACAUGCCGUAUGAACUGAAGCGUGUAUUUGCCAGCCUCCCCCAGAUGGAGAGGGGAGUUGCGAAGGUAAUUGGUGGCGAUCCCAAAGGAAACAACUUCCUCUACACCAACGGCAAGUGUGUCAUCAUAAGGAACAUCGAGAAUCCAGCGAUUGCGGAUGUUUACACUGAGCAUGCUCAUCAAGUUACUGUUGCCAAGUAUGCCCCCAGUGGGUUCUACAUUGCAUCUGGAGAUGCAUCAGGGAAAAUCCGUAUCUGGGACACCACCCAGAAGGAACACAUGCUCAAGUACGAGUACACCCCCAUUUCAGGAAAAGUAAAGGACAUUGCGUGGACAGAGGACAGCAAGAGGAUUGCAGUCGUAGGCGACGGACGAGAGAAGUUCGGUUCAGUGUUUCUGUGGGACUCGGGCUCAUCAGUGGGAGAGAUUUCUGGCCAUGCAAAGUUGAUCAACAGCGUGGACAUAAGACAGAAACGCCCCUACCGCCUUGCUACUGCCAGCGACGACACCUGCGGCUCCUUCUUUGAGGGACCUCCCUUCAAGUUCAAAUUCACACUAAGGGACCACAGCCAGUUUGUCAACUGCAUCCGUUUCUCUCCAGAUGGAAGUCGAUUAGUCACAGCUGGAGCUGACGGCCAGAUAUUCGUCUACGAUGGAGCGACUGGUGAACGCGUCGGCUCGCUGGGUGGAGAGAAGGCUCACAAAGGAGGAAUCUAUGCUGUCAGCUGGAGCCCUGACAGUUCCCAGCUGAUCUCUGCCUCAGGGGAUAAGACCGUGAAGCUCUGGGAUGUCGGCGCCGCUACGGCUGUCACCACCUUCAAUUUGGGCUCUGAUGUGAGCGACCAGCAGCUGGGCUGCUUGUGGCAGAAAGACCACCUCCUCAGCAUCUCUUUGUCUGGAUACAUCAACUACCUGGACAAGAACAACCCGGACCGACCCAUUCGCACAGUCAAGGGUCACACAAAGUCCAUCCAGUGUCUGACGGUUCAUAAAGGCGAUGGUCGAUCAUACAUCUACUCUGGGAGUCAUGAUGGACAUAUCAAUUACUGGGAUGCAGAAACUGGUGAGAAUGACUGUUUCUCAGGCAAAGGCCACAGUAACCAGGUGAGCAAGAUGCAGGCAGACGAAGCCAAUGAGCUGGUGACGUGCAGCAUGGACGAUACGCUGCGCUACACAAACCUCAGCAAGAAAGAGUACAGCGCCUCUGAUGUGGUGAAGAUGGACUCUCAGCCUAAAAGCGUCUCUGUAUCAGGAGGCUUCACUCUGGCUGUGUGCAUCGGUCAGCUUGUCUUGCUGAAGGAUAAGAAGAAAGUCUUCACAAUGGACAAUCUUGGCUAUGAAGCAGAGGUUGGGGUUAUCCAUCCUGGUGGCACCACUGCUGCUGUCGGUGGAAAUGAUGGAAAAGUCCGCCUUUACUCCAUUCAAGGCAACACCCUGAAGGAUGAGGGUAAAACUCUUGAGGCUAAAGGUUGCAUAACAGACAUUGCCUACUCCAGCGAUGGGGCCUACCUAGCUGUCAUUGAUGAGAAGAAAGUUGCCACGGUAUUCUCCGUGGCCGACGGAUACUCGGUGAAAAACGAGUUUUACGGGCACCAUGCCAAACCGGUGAGUCUGGCCUGGUCACCUGAUAAUGAGCACUUUGCCACUGGUGGGAUGGACAUGAUGGUGUACGUCUGGACGAUCAGUGAUCCAGACAAGAGGAUCAAAAUUCCAGAUUCUCACCGUUUGCACCACGUCAGCAGCCUGGCCUGGAUCGACCCUCACACCCUAGUCACCACCUCCCACGACGCCACUGUCAAGCAGUGGACGAUUACAUACUGAGCUGCGAGCGAACAUUCACAUCUCCAGGGACAAGGACUACUGUAGAAUUCAAGCUUUCUUGCUCCUCUUUCUCCCUAAUGUACUGUUAAACAUCAAAACCUUGGUCUAUGCUGUCUGUAACAUCUGAAUUGUAAAUGGUUAUGUUGGCGACGGCUUCCAGAAAAUUGUUUGCCGCAAUUAACUCAAGUCUGCUCAAACGUUGACUUAUAAAAUGUAACCAUGAGUGCUUUUUUUUCCACCUCAUCAUGGACACAAACAUGUUUGUAAACCUAGUAAUCAUUCCAUAGCUUACUGAAAUCCUUUUCUGUGGUUUGGAUCUGUGCAUCCGGGCCUUUUUAAAGAGGACCCGAAAUCUUUUUAAGCGAGCAGAACAUGUUUCAAAGAAAUAAAACCUUUUGGGUACAUUCCUGAAAUGAACCGGUCCCAGCAGCAGCGGCAUGUCUUUUUUUCAUUUUCAAAGGCUUUGGAGGUUUAUGUUAAUAUAUAUUUUUUGGUCUUUAGUUUCAGACUUUGAUUCACUGCUCUUCUGUGGGACUGGGAAGCAAAUUAUCGAGCAAAGGAUACAAUCAGAAUGCUGUCUUGUCAGGUCUUGUGUUGUGUUUUUCUUGUCUUUCUAUUUUUUUGAUGUCUUUACGAAUCAACUUCAAAAGUCGAACUGGUUCAUUAAUAAUAAUAAUAAUAAUAAAAUAACUUUUUAUGCAUUCAGUUUUUUAUGCAUUACUUUCUUAAUGCCUUUUUAUGCAAAUUACAUACAUUGGGUUUACAAGUAUUAAUUUGAGUGGCUCAACACAAGGAAGGUGACGGUUGUAGUACAUGUCUUGCUGCUUCUGGGUGGGUUGGCUCUUAAAGUCCGCGCCUUACAAAUUUCAACGGGUUUUGGUUAUGAAUCCUUUCAAGGCUGUCGUUAUUCCUGCUGAUUGCAGUUUUUCUCCUUCCACUCAACUUUCUAUUAAGGAAAUCUAUCUUUUCUCCAGAACUUCUUUGUGAGGGUCAAGUCAGCAGUUUUCACAGUCAUCGUGUAGAGCAUAAGAUUUCUGUAUUAAAAAUACCUGUUUUAUUUUGAAGGUUUUGUGUAAGAUUCUAAUUUUCUGAGUUUUCAUGGCCAUGAUCAAAGUUCAAACUAAACUGGUGAUUUCUUCCUGUUUUAAUGUGUCUGUGUACAUUUUACUUAAUGUAUGCCACAAUGCUAGUAUGUUAUGCUGUUAAAAUGGUUUAGUAAUUUG